AUGGAUCGCAUCAAGGAGAAAAUGAACUCGCUCCGCCUGGAGAACGACGAGGCCAACGCCAAGAUCGAGGAGCUGCAGGCGAAGAACAAGGUCUUGGAGCAGGAGGGUCUUGCCAACGAGCAGGAGAUCAAGUCGCUCCAGCACAAGAACGGCAUCCUCGAGGGUGAGGUGGAGAAGCUCGAGGCCCAGAUCAAGGACUUCAAGAAGGCCGCCGACGAGGGUCAACAACACGGCACCCAGAACGAGACACUCCAGCGACGACUGCAGCUCCUCGAGGACGAGGCUGAGGAGGCCGACAAGACUCUUCGCGAGACCAACGAGAAGCUCCGACAAACCGAUGUCAAGGCCGGCCACUUUGAGCGCAAGGUGCAGGCGUGCGAGGCCGAGCGCGACCAGUGGGAGGCAAAGUACGAGGAGAUGGCCAAGAAGUACGCGACCCUGGAGAAGGACCUGAAGGACCUGCAGGACGAGAUUGGCAACAUUUGA